AUGUUUUUGCAUGCAUGCUUUAUUCUUUACUCAUGCAUUGGUUUGACACACAGCGGAAAUGAUACAGAUCGACUGGCCUUGCUUGAAGUCAAGGCUAUGAUAACCCAUGACCCUUUUGGAGUUCUGACUACAUGGAAUGAAACCAACCACUUUUGCCGUUGGCAUGGAGUUACUUGUGGACGUCGUCACCAGAGGGUUACAAGGUUGGACCUGCAGUCCUUGGAACUUGCAGGCUCUAUAUCACCACAUGUUGGAAACUUGAGUUUUUUGAGAGAGAUUUAUCUUCAGAACAACAGCUUGAGCAGUGAAAUCCCUCAAGAAAUCGGUCAUCUGCGCAGAUUGCAAAAUCUACAAUUGGAUAAUAAUUCACUGAGUGGAAGGAUUCCCGAGGAGCUUGGCACCUUGUCAAAGCUAAGAGUACUUGCAAUUCACCGAAACAACCUCACAGGAGCUGUCCCUCACACCUUAAGCAACUUAUCAUCUCUUGAAUCCCUUUCGGCAUCUUCUAAUAAUUUGAAUGGGACUGUUCCUGAUUUUUUUGGUCAUAUGACCAAUAUUACAUAUCUUGGUUUGAGCGAAAAUACAUUGUCUGGUAUGAUCCCUCCCUCAAUCUUCAAUAUCUCUUCUAUAAGAUUCUUUUAUGUGGUAGGAAACAGAAUUCAAGGGACUCUGCCCUCAAACUUAGUGCAGCUUGGAAUGUCAGGAAACCAACUACAUGGAGCAGUCCCUUCUUUGAUAAAAUUAUCUAGGCUUGAGAAACUAGUUCUCGGAAAGCUUCAGAAAUUAUAUGAAUUAGAUAUGGCAAUGAACUCUUUUGCUGGGAAUGUUCCAUCCUCUUUGGGAAAUUUAACUCAGUUAACGAAAUUAUAUUUGUCUUACAACAACCUUCAAGGCAAUAUCCCUUCGAGUUUAGCGAAGUGUCAUAAUUUGAUGCUCUUAUCUCUUGCCUAUAACAAUCUUAGCGGUUUCAUACCCCAAGAAGUCAUUGCUAUGCCACCUUCAUAUGUUGCUCUCUACUUGCAAAACAAUCGUUUUUCUGGUUCCCUUCCCCAGGAAGUGGGAAAUUUAAUAAACCUGGAGUAUUUAUCUGUUUCUGAAAACAUGUUAUCUGGUAAAAUUCCUGCAAAUCUUGGUCAGUGUGUAAGGUUAGAAUAUCUAGAAAUGCAGAGAAACUUCUUCCAAGGGGAAAUUCCAUCAUCUUUGAGUUCACUAAGAGGUAUUAUAGAAGUACAUCUUUCUCAGAACAACUUGUCAGGCACAAUUCCAGAAUUCUUGGCGCGUUUCGAAUUUCUGCAGUAUUUGAAUCUAUCUUAUAACAAUUUUGAGGGCAUGGUACCAAUCGAAGGAGUUUUCAAGAAUGCAACUGUGACAUCAGUCAAAGGAAAUAGUAAACUUUGUGGCGGUAUACCUGAGUUUCAAUUGCCAAAAUGCAAACUUCCACAUUCCAACAAGAGAAGAUUGAGCACAACCUUGAAACUCAUCAUAUCUCUCAUUGGCGGGCUUCUUGGCAUCACUUUUGCACUCACAUCUCUGUACCUCUGUUGGUUUCAGCGAAAAAGAAAGGUGCAUACUUCACGUGAUUCAGAAAAAUUCCUCAAGGUGUCAUACCAAAGUCUUCUGAAGGCUACUGAUGGAUUCUCCUCUGCCAACUUGCUUGGUACAGGCAGUUUUGGGUCUGUCUAUAAGGGGUUACUUGAGCAUGGUGAAACAACUGUUGCCAUCAAGGUACUCAACCUGGUUCGUUCUGGUGCUUCCAAAAGUUUCUUUGCAGAAUGUGAGGCCUUGAAAAAUAUUAGACAUCGUAAUCUUGUGAAGCUUAGACGCAUGGUUGCAUCCAGCUCCCACAGUUGGCGAGGCAAAUCAGCGAUCAAGGAGUUUAACUUUUCUCAGAGGUUGAACAUUGCUGUUGAUGUUGCUAUGGCAUUGAAUUAUCUCCAUCAUCAAUGUGAAGCACCAAUAGUUCAUUGCGACGUCAAGCCAACCAACGUUCUUCUCAAUGCUGAUAUGAUUGGACAUCUAGGCGACUUUGGAUUGGCAAGAUUCCUUCCUAGAGCUGCUAAUCAAUCAAGCUCCGUUGGAGUAAAAGGAACAAUUGGUUAUACUCCUCCAGAGUAUGGCAUGGGACAUGAAGUGUGGACAAAAGGUGAUGCGUACAGUUAUGGCAUCCUCUUAUUGGAAAUGUUUACAGGUAAAGCACCAACCCAUAUCAUGUUUCAAGGAACUUCGAACCUUCCUAACUUUGUCAAGGCAGCUCUGCCUCAUCAUGUGGUAGAGGUUCUGGAUCCCAUUCUUUGUCAUGAAAAAGAGGACUGGGAGAUGAGCACAAAUAAUGCUUCUUGUGAGGAUAGCUUAAGGGUUCACAACAAAAUGGAAGAAAGCUUGAUUUCCAUUUUAGAAAUUGGAUUUGCUUGCUCUGCGGAACUGCCGAGGGAACGACUGGACAUUUGUGAUGUUGUGACUGGGAUGUGUCUGAUUAGAAACAAACUUAGGGCAUAUAGAAUAUGUGAAUAG